AUCGAUGAAACUAUCUACGUUUAAUGUAUUAACGAGAAGAACUAAGAAAAGACAAGGAAUAAGAAUUCAAGAGAAAGAGGAAGAAUAACGGGUGGUCGUUUGAGAACGUUAUUAUCCGACCACGAACACAUACACACACACACACGGCUCAGAAUCGUGUGAACCAGAACCACGAACGGUGCACAUUUCGCGGUUACAUCGUCAGCAAGUUUUCGAACGUAUUUUACUACACGACCGACUGUGUUCCGUAAUACUCUCAUCGUUGCAAGAUAGAAAGAGAGAGAGAGAGAGAGAGAGAGAAGUUAUUUAUAAAAGAAAAAUCUGUUACUUACACUUCUCCCAUCUCUUUUUAGAGUAAAGAAAAGAAGACAAAAAAAUUUCAUACACAAGAUAGAACGGUGUAUUAGAAUACUAGAGAGGAUCCAAACCAAGAAGGUAGAAAGGAUGCGAUCGAUCGUAUAGAGUUAAGAGUGGAGCCGAAGCUGAAGUCGAAUUGAUUGAUUGAUUGAUUGAUCGAUCGAUCGAUCGAUUGUACAUCGAUUAAGAUGAACGGAAACGGAAAAAAGAACAAUAACAAUAAUAACAAUAAUAACAGUAUUAACGAUAAUAAUUGGUGCCACCAGCUGACAUUGAUUAUCACGAUCUUUUUAUCACUAUCUGUUGCAGUAGCCGAAAAGCAAAAACGUCAAAUCUUUAGGGAACAAGUAUUGCCAGCUCUUGGUGGGAAAAUACCGGAGGAAGCUUUCAGAACCGAUCGUUUGGCACUGAAUCGUUUGAAUAAGGAAGGCAUUACGAUACCGGAUGGUGUUGUACUCGAUGCGAGACACAUUCAUAAACAUCCACAUACUUCGCAACAUAUGCCUAAGAUCAUUAAAGUAUAUUUAACGCCUGAUGGUCGAUAUGUACCACCCGAAGGUCGAACUCAAUACGAUCAUCCAAAAGCUGUCGACACAACUUACAUCAUUCGAACGCCUUUCGGAAAACCCGAGAAACCAACGAAUAACUUUGGAAAUUACAAGCAUCAUCGAGUGCAUAAUAAACAGCAACCUUAUCCUAAUCACAGACAACAGUUUGUGCCAUUGAUUCCACCUACCAAACCUGGUGUUUAUAAGCCAAUAGUGACGCCAUUGAUGUUACCAGCGAAUCCUAAUUUCUUAGAACGGACGUAUUUGCCUGCCUGGGAUCUCGAAUACGAUUGGGAUACCGUUUAUCGCCCUUUCAAUGAAUAUUACAUCGACAAUAUCGCAUUGUUUAAUUCUCAUCAGAUUCUCACGGAUUAUCAAGGAUUUCUCGACGAAUUUCACGGUAGAUCGUUAAGACACAUUGUUGGCAAAUCCAACGAGAAAAACAAUUACGAUACUGGUGCAGAUCGGCACAAAUACAAUUCGAAUAAAAAUAUUCGAACGAAUGUUCGUUCUAAUGGUUAUCGUGAGAACAAGUAUAAUAAUAUUGGACCAAUCACAUCAAAUAUUAGUUACACGAAUCUCACGAUAAUUCCAGAGACUGAAUUUUCUUGUCGUGGGAGGAAGGGUAUGUUUGCUGACGUAGAAACCAAGUGUCAAGUCUUUCAUAAUUGUUCUGGUUGGUCGAGAACGUCUUCUCUUUGUCCUGCUGGUACGGCCUUCAGCAAGGAUAAAAAUCGAUGCGAGUGGUGGAAUACCGUCCAAUGCAGAGAAUGACGAGAUCACUAAAAAUAACGAGUAUAUUUGGAGUCGAUGGAUCGAUUGUCGAGUUCUGGAUGAUACAUGAAUUUUUACCAUUGAG